CCAACUGUCAUGCUUAAACUUUUCUCCCACUGUCUCUUCCCGAAUCCAAAUGUGAACAUCAACAUAAAUCUGUAGUAAAAGUCUUAUCUCUGUUUGAAAAACAUUUACGUACUCUUUCUUUCUUCCUUCUCCUUUGCCUUUCAUCCCACCAGAGCACAAAAAUUCUAGAUAGAGAAAUUAACGCAGGGGGAGGAGAAACACUGUCAGUUUUACUGUCGUAAAACACACAGAACAAUUGUGGGUUUUUCUCGGUGAAGGCUGGAAAGAGCUAGGAUUUCAGGGGAGGAGAAAGUUUUGAUGCAACAGGGGAAAUGGGUUUCCUUCACUUUCUCGUUUCUCUGCUUCUUUUGCUCGCAUUUUACACUCCACGACCUGUUUACGGAAAUGCGGAGCUGAGAGCUCUCCUGGAGUUGAAGUCCUCGCUGGACCCGGAGAACAAGUUUUUGAAUUCGUGGACCGCCGAGGGUGAUCCAUGUGGUGGUUCAUUUGAGGGCGUGGCAUGCAACGAGCACCGCAAAGUCGCUAACAUUUCUUUGCAGGGAAAGGGUCUCUCAGGGAAGGUCUCAGGAGCAGUGGCUGAGCUGAAAUGCUUGUCGGGGUUGUACUUGCACUACAACAACUUGUCCGGAGAGAUACCCAAAGAGAUAUCCAAUCUGACUGAGCUGACUGAUCUUUAUCUCAAUGUGAAUCGUCUAUCUGGUAGUAUACCUCCUGAGAUAGGGACCAUGGACAGUCUUCAAGUUUUACAGCUAUGUUGUAACCAGCUGACGGGAAAUGUUACUACACUGAUGGGUUCCUUGAAGAGGCUAACUGUUCUUGCUUUGCAAUAUAACAAACUACGGGGGGAAAUUCCUUCUAGUUUAGGGAACUUGAGGAUGCUAAGAAGGCUUGACUUGAGCUUUAAUGGCUUCUCUGGUAGAAUUCCUGCAAAACUGGCUGAUAUCCCACAGUUACAAGUUCUAGAUGUGCGAAACAAUUCUCUCUCUGGGGUUGUCCCUUCUGCUUUCAGGAAAUUGAAUGAAGGGUUCCAGUGUGGGAACAAUCCAGGUUUAUGUGGAGUUGGGAUUUCUGCAUUGAGAGCCUGCGUUGCAUUUGAUAUCGACAAAGUGAAUGUGGAUCAACUUGAACCUGUUGCACCACACACAAAAAACACUGCCCCAAUAGCCAACCCCGAGUCUGCAAAUUUCCAUGCUUAUUGCAACCAAACCCAUUGCUCAAAGUCAACAAGAUUGCCACGAGCUGCAGUUGUUGCAGUAGUUAUCACAGUCACUGUCAUACUGACAGGGACUAUAUUUGUGACCAUUAUUUGGUUCCGCCGGCGGAAACAAAAGAUUGGGACUACAUCUGAUUCUUCUGAUGCUCAACAUAGCACUGACCAGGCUAAGGAGUUCUAUAGGAAAAGUGCCUCUCCACUUGUAAGUCUUGAGUACUCGAGUGGAUGGGACCCUUUUGCUGAUGGUCGAAACGGCAUUGGAUCUGCUCAGGAUUAUCUUAAUUACUUUAGAUUCAACAUGGAAGAGGUUGAGUCUGCAACUCAGCACUUUUCUGAGGUGAAUUUAUUGGGAAAGAGCAAUUUCUCGGCCGUGUACAAAGGAGUUCUAAGAGAUGGUUCUCUUGUAGCUAUUCGGAGCAUUAAUGUUACCAGAUGUAAGUCUGAGGAAGCUGAGUUUGUGAAGGGGUUGAACUUAUUAACCUCACUGAGACAUGAAAACCUGGUUAAGUUGAGAGGUUUCUGUUGCUCAACGAGCAGGGGUGAAUGUUUUCUUGUAUAUGAUUUUGCUCCAAAUGGGAAACUGUCUCGCUAUCUUGAUUUAGAAGAUGGAAGCAACCAAGUUCUUGAUUGGUCCAACAGGGUUUCUGUUCUCAUUGGCAUUGCAAAAGGUAUUGGGUAUUUACAUAGCAGCAAAGAAAACAAGCCUGCCAUAAUUCACCAAAGCAUAUCUGUUGAGAAGAUUGUCAUUGACCAGCAGUUCAAUCCACUAAUUUCGGAUGCCGGCCUUCCUAAGCUUCUUGCUGAUGACAUUGUCUUCUCAGCUCUUAAAAUGAGUGCUGCCAUGGGAUAUCUAGCUCCUGAGUACAUUACCACUGGUCGUUUCACUGAGAAGAGUGACAUAUAUGCGUUUGGAGUAAUUAUCCUCCAAGUUCUUUCUGGGAAGCGGAAACUCACCCACUCAAUGCAAUUGGGAGCUGAAUCUUGUAGAUUUCAAGAUUUCAUCGACACAAAUCUGAAGGGGAAAUUCUCUGAAUCUGAGGCAGCUAAGCUGGCAGAAGUUGCACUGAUGUGCACCCAUGAGCUUCCUGACCACAGGCCAAACAUUGACGCCAUAAUUAAGGAGCUAAGCAGUUCUAGUGACAGUUCUUGAUGGCGUACCUCUGUCUAUCUUGUGAGACUAAUGAUAGUGACCUGAUGAUGGAGCCCCGUCAAUAUACACGAAUUUGGCUUACGUGCUAUAAAAAAAACUACAGUAUAUAUGGAGAGCAAGAUAUUUUGGGAAAGGAGAGUACCCUGUGAUUACUUGUAAGAAGACAUUUCUAACUCUGCGAGGAUGAAUAGGAAGAACCUCCUGAUUAUUUGAAGUGAUGCAUUUGCAACCACCGCAUUCUUUUACAUCAGCAACGGCAACCAGCUAUGUGACUUAAAAGAGAUUUAUCAAGCUUUUCUCUGUGUAUGUGGUGUUGGCUAGGUUUCCUGUAACAACCUCAAAAUUUCUCCAACACUUUACCUUCUUGAGGUGCAUGUUCCUUAUCCAAGAAACUAUGCUCCAUUAACUUGUACCAUCCUCUUCUUUUCUUUUUUCUUUUAGUUGUAUUAGAUAAAACUUGUCUGUUUUUUCCCU